AUGGCGACCAAGGAGCUAUCGAUCAAGCUUGUGAUCGACACAAAGACAGAUAAACUCUGCUUCGCUGAGGCUGGCAGCGACGUCGUGGAGUUCCUCUCCUGCCUCCUCUCCCUGCCGCUGGGCACCGUCGCCAGCCUUCUGACGAAGGAGAGCAUGGUCGGCAGCAUCGGCAACGUGCUUGGGAGCAUGGAGCAGCUGGACGCGAACUACAAGAGCAAUGCGCUGCGUUUCAGUCCGGUCGUCGCCCCCGCCACACUCUCCCGCCUGCAGCAGCUGCUGGGCUCCCACCUCAGCAACACCAACCUCUUCACAUGUGAAGGUCCGAAUUACAAUAACUUCCCAGGCCCGACUUUUUCUUUUGACAAUUGCAACAACCGACGCGCCAGCUGCGGAUACCUGUCGGCCACCAAAGGCACAGACUGCCUCGUCUGCCAAAAACCGAUGGACAAGCCUAUGACAAUGGCCCCCGACGCCGCAACCAAUGGCCCCAAGGUGGUUGCGGGGUCGCCCACGACGUACGCCGUCAAGGAUGACCUCUCGGUCACUCCAGCGUCGAACCUGCUAUCCGGCAUCACUCUGCUUGCGGAAUGCGGCGUCAUGGACAUAAGCGCGCUGGACGAGAAGACUGUCAAGAUCGGCAAGGAAGAGGCGCUGGCGAUACUCGCUGCUUCCCUCAAGUCCAAGACUGUCCUGACGGAUGUAUUCCUGCCGAAAAAGAAUUCUCGCUGCAAGAGGGAGCCUUCUGAAGAAGCUGCAAGAUGA